CUCUUUCAACAGCUUCUCGUGCCACACUGCAACUGUCGUGAACAGGUUAAAAAGAUGUUAUUGACCUUUUAAGUUAGAAACAAUUGUUUACAUAUUGUUCAGAUCAAUGAAUCUUCCAAGACAAAUCACGAAUCGUUUGCGUGGCUUUUCAUCGGUAGCCAACGAACCUUCGAAAAGGACGGUUAAAAGCUUCGAUGAAAUACCCGGCCCAAGGGGACCGCUCGGACUGGGCAAUCUGUACCAGUACAUACCGGGUAUAGGACGCUACAGCUUCGAUGAGCUGCACCGUUCCGGCGAGGACAAAUACCGCCAGUAUGGUUCGAUCGUGCGCGAAACAAUGGUCCCGGGGCAGGAUAUUGUGUGGCUUUACGAUCCGGACGAUGUGGCGACCGUGCUGGACGAUCGGACACCGGGCAUGUAUCCGUCGCGACGGAGCCACACGGCGCUGGAAAAAUAUCGCAAGGAUCGUCCGAACGUUUACCGCACCGCCGGGCUGCUGCCGACCAACGGUGCAGAAUGGUGGAAAAUUCGCUCCGAGCUGCAGAAGGGCCUCAGCUCACCGCAGAAUGUGCGCAAUUUUCUGCCCGCCACGGACAAAAUAACGAAAGAGUUCGUUACUCGCCUGAGAGCGCAAACGGAGCCAGGCAAAAGCAUCCUAAUAGAGGACUUUAUGCCACUGGUCUCGCGGCUCAAUCUGGAAUUGAUCUGCUUGCUUGCCUUCGACGUACGGUUGGACAGCUUCUCGGAGGAACAGAUGGACCCGGGCUCGCUUUCCUCCCGCCUGAUGGAAUCGGCCGAAACGACCAACUCCUGCAUCCUGCCCACCGACCAGGGCUUCCAGCUGUGGCGCUACUUUGAAACGCCCGCGUACAGACGGUUGCGCAAAGCGCAAGAGUUUAUGGAGAAGACGGCCGUUGAGCUGGUGUCCCAGAAGCUGCUCUACUUCAACGAGGACCAGCAACGGUUGGCAAGCGGCGAGCAUGGUUCCAAGUCGCUCAUGGAGGAGUACCUGCGCAAUCCGAACCUGGAGCUGAACGACAUCAUCGGCAUGGCUUCGGAUCUGCUGCUGGCCGGUGUGCAUACGACCAGCUACACCACCGCCUUCGCCCUGUACCAUUUGGGGUUGCACGGGGCCACCGCACAGGACCGGCUGUACCGGGAGGCGAAGAAAAUUCUUCCCGAUCCAAAGGAAAAUCGAAUCGGUGCGGCUGUGCUGGGAUCGGAAGCUUCAUACUGUCGCGCGGUUCUAAAGGAAACGUUACGCCUCAAUCCGAUCUCCAUCGGGGUAGGACGCAUCCUUAAUCGCGACCACGUUCUCGGCGGUUAUCAAGUACCACGUGGAACGGUGAUUGUGACGCAGAACAUGAUUUCGUGCCGUCAGGAGGCUUACUUUCGUGAUCCGCAGCUAUUCCUCCCCGAACGGUGGAUGCGUGAGACAAAGGAACCAGUGCAUCCGCACCUGGUGCUUCCGUUUGGCCACGGUAUGCGCUCAUGCAUCGCACGUCGGUUGGCCGAACAGAGCAUGCUUGUGCUGCUUCUAAGGCUGAUACGUUCUUUCGAGAUUGAGUGGGCAGGAACCGUUCCGAUGGAUGUGAAAACGAAACUAAUCAAUCAACCCGACCAACCGAUAAGGCUACGAAUGAAGGCGAGAACUUCUUAAGGGACAGAAAGUAGAAAGCAAAUGAGUUAAAUUUAUAAUUACUAAUAUGUGCAAAUAUAGCAUUUAAAG